UAUCGCCCCCCACAGUCAGAACUCGGGAAGGCCUUCGAGUUGAGCCGCCCGGAACGCGAAUUCCAUUCCGACCCGACUUCUCCACCCAGGAAACCCAGGCGAAUCGAGACUUCGAGAGAGAGAGAGAGAGAGAGAGAGAGAGAGGCCUUACCUUGAGCUCCCUACCCUCCCCACCAUGGCGUCCGCGUGGUGCCUCUCGGCCCCGGCCGCCGCGCCGCCGGCACCCGGCGCCCUCGGCGCCUCCGCCUCCGCAACCGGGGGUGCUCCCGCCCUCGCGCGGGCGGUGGUCCCCGUGGGGAGGCGGUGCAGGUGGGGCGCGCUCGUGGUCCGCGCGGCCCCCGACGAGGAGAAGAUUACGCGGCGGUCGCCCCUCGACUUUCCCAUCCAUCGGCUGAGAUGGUUUGGACAUGUCCAACGAAGGCCUCCUGAGGCGCCGGAAUGGGAGAGACCAAAGCCUGGGAGACGACCUGAUAUCUUCCCGAAGUUCAGCCCAAUGAAGACACCAUUACCGCAUCCAUUACCAGCUGAUGAUCCUCUGGAUGAUGAUGAAGAAGAGGAAGAGGAAGAACAACCACCUCCGGAGGAACCACAGGAGGAUGAUCCAGACAAGGAAGAACCUGAGGAAGAUGACCCGGACAAGCCAACUGAGUAAUUUUGGAUGAUGUGAGGGCUGUGGUAGAUAGACACCGAGCAUAAAUUUGCCAUACCUUUGGAGCACCUAAGGUUCAGUUUGAACUGAUAGUUCUGCCGGCUUAUAUAGGCUCUAGACUUAUAAGUUUGUAAUGACCUCCUUUAAGCUUUUCUAAAGCUAUCAAAGUUUUGUUCGAACGGUUUACUUUUUACAGUGCGAUAUUUGUUAUGACAUGUAUUCACACCUCUAUCUUGGGUAAUUGUCGUGUACAUUAUGAUGAGAUAUUCCUGUUAGACUGCAACAGUAAUGCUACUGAGAAAAGCUAUGCUAGUAAGAAUUGGUUCUUA